GUAUUUCUGGUCCUCCCCUCCUUCACUGCUUUCAUUUUACUCUUAUCGUGCUUUCCAGAAAGUUUGCCUGCUGGGAGAGUCUUUUUGAUCAUUUCCCGUGUGUUGUCAGAUAGCACCAUAGAAUUCAGUUUCUGAGAACCAGCCAGAAGCAUGCAGUGACAUUGCAUAAUCUGCCUCUGAAGCCGGAGAUAUUAGCUGUAGAGCUCAGGGCAGCUGCUCCACAUCACCGACAUGAAGGGAACAGGCGUCGUGGACGGUGCGCCCAAGGCACUCCUGGCCAGGGCGCUUUAUGACAACUGCCCUGACUGCUCUGAUGAGCUGGCUUUCAGCAGAGGGGACAUCCUGACCAUUCUGGAGCAACAUGUACCAGAAAGCGAGGGUUGGUGGAAGUGUUUGCUCCACGGAAGGCAAGGUCUGGCCCCUGCCAACCGCCUCCAAAUCCUCACGGAGGUCACUGCAGACAGGCCAUGCCCCCCAUUCCUGAGAGGCCUGGAAGAAGCUCCUGCCAGCUCAGAGGAGACCUAUCAGGUGCCCACUCUACCCUGCCCUCCCACUCCAGGCCCCGUUUAUGAGCACAUGAGGAGUUGGGUGGAGGGGCCCCAGCCCCCUUCUGCCCAAGUCUAUGAAUUCCCCGACCCUCCCACCAGUGCCAGAAUCAUCUGUGAAAAGACUCUCAGCUUUCCAAAACAGGCCAUCAUCACGCUUCCCAGACCUACCCGGGCCUCACUGCCGACUCUGCCUUCCCAGGUGUACGAUGUGCCUACCCAGCACCGGGGCCCCAUGGUCCUGAAGGAGCCAGAGAAGCAGCAGCUAUACGACAUACCAGCCAGCCCCAAGAAGGCAGGACUCCAUCCCCCAGCCGGCCAAGCAAGUGGGCAGGGUGUUCCCCUGAUAUCAGUGACUACCUUAAGAAAAGGCGGCUACAGCACAUUACCAAGUCCUCAGAAAUCGGAAUGGGUUUAUGACACUCCAGUGUCUCCAGGAAAGGCCAGCGUCAGAAACACGCCUCUCCCCACCUUUGCAGAAGAAUCAAGGCCCCACGCUCUCCCUAGUUCCAGCUCCACUUUCCACAAUCCUCCAAGUGGCAGAGCCAGGUCCCUCACUCCACAACUGAAUACCAAUGUGCCCAUGCAGAAAAAACUCAGUCUUCCAGAAAUUCCUUCUUAUGGCUUUCUUGUACCCAGAGACACAUUUCCUUUGGAUGAAGAUGUCAGCUACAAGGUUCCUUCAAGCUUUCUGAUUCCCCGAGUGGAACAGCAGAACACCAAGCCCAAUAUUUAUGACAUCCCUAAAGCAAUAUCGAGUGUUUCUCAGGCUGGGAAGGAGCUGGCGAAAGCCAAGGAGGUGUCAGAGAAUUCCACGGGCCAUAAUUCCUCAUGGUUCUCCAGACGGACAGCUUCCCGAUCUCCUGAACUGGACAGAUUAUCAGGUUCCAGUUCUGACAGCAGAGCCAGCGUCGUUUCUUCGUGCUCCACCACAUCCACCGACUCCUCCUCCAGCUCUUCCUCGGAGGAGUCAGCAAAGGAGCUCUCCUUGGACCUGGAUGUGGCCAAGGAGACAGUGAUGUCUCUGCAGCACAAGGUGGUCAGCUCUGUUGCUGGCCUGAUGCUGUUUGUCAGUAGGAAGUGGAGAUUCCGAGACUAUCUGGAGGCCAACAUUGAUGCAAUCCACAGGUCCACUGAGCACAUAGAAGAAUCUGUAAGAGAAUUUCUGGAUUUUGCCCGAGGAGUCCAUGGGACUGCCUGUAACCUCACUGACAGUAACCUUCAGAACAGAAUUCGGGACCAGAUGCAGACAAUCUCUAACUCCUACCGCAUCCUGCUUGAAACAAAGGAAAGCUUGGAUAAUCGCAAUUGGCCUCUGGAAGUUCUUGUGACUGACAAUGUCCAGAACAGCCCAGAUGACCUUGAGAGGUUUGUCAUGGUGGCACGGAUGCUUCCAGAAGACAUCAAGAGGUUUGCCUCCAUUGUCAUUGCCAACGGAAGGCUCCUUUUUAAGCAGAACUGUGAAAAGGAAGAGACCGUGCAAUUGACCCCAAAUGCAGAAUUUAAGUGUGACAAAUGCAUCCAGCCUCCCCAAAGAGAAACUGAAUCACACCAAAAGAGUACCCCUUCCACUAAGCAAAGGGAAGAUGAACACUCUUCCGAACUGUUAAAGAAAAAUAGAGCAAAUAUCUGUGGACAGAAUCCUGGCCCUCUUACACCCCAGCCUUCGAGUCAACAGACUCCUGAGAGGAAACACCACCUCUCUGAACACUGCCGGCUCUACUUUGGGGCGCUCUUCAAAGCCAUCAGCACAUUUCAUGGCAGCCUCAGCAGCAGCCAGCCUGCGGAGAUCAUCACUCAGAGCAAGCUGGUCAUCACGGUGGGCCAGAAGCUGGUGGACACACUGUGCACGGAGACCCAGGAGAGGGACGUGCGCAACGAGAUCCUCCGCGGCAGCAGUCACCUCUGCAGCCUGCUGAAGGACGUAGCGCUGGCCACUAAGAAUGCCGUGCUCACCUACCCCAGCCCUGCCGCGCUGGGGCACCUCCAGGCGGAGGCUGAGAAGCUGGAGCGACACACGCGGCAGUUCAGAGGGACAUUGGGAUGAGGACUCUCUACCUCCCUUCCUCCUCUGCUCACCUCUCAGCUUCACACCCACAACUUGUGCAACUCUGUCCUAUGGGAAAAGCCAGCCGGGGUAUACACCGAUCAGCUGAAACAGACCUGGUACCCAAAGACCCAAAGCUGGUAGUACCAAGUGGCUAAGCAACCCCGGGGCAUUGACUUACCCCACAGGGGGUCAGGAAAGAGAGACAGAUAUGAGGUAAAGACCUUGUGAACUUUAGCAUAUAUGGAGUAUGCAGUAUCAGCUUGAAGUGACUUCGUAGAAAUAAUAUUUUAUGUUGAUUAAUUAAAUGUGUGCAUGUUUUGUUUGUUUGUUUUUUGAGACACAGUCUCACUCUGUCACACAGGCCGGAGGGCAGUGGCGCCAUCUCAGCUCACUGCAACGUCUGCCUACCGAGUUGAAGCAUUUCUCCUGCCUCAGCCUCCAGAGUAGCUGGGACUACAGGCAUGCACCACCAUGCCCAGCUAAUCUUUGUAUUUGUUUUUUUUUUUAAUGAAAAGUCUCACAUAUUUAUUACUGAACCCAGCCAACCAAUGCAUUCAUAACAGAUUCAGAGAGAAAAAAUAUAUUCCCAAUAAAACAUGUACAACUCUCCAG